AUGUGGGUGUCAGAGUGCUCAGUGGCUCAUGCAGCUCCCAGUCUGACCAGCCCAGUCUGCAACUCCCAGUCUGACCAGCCCAGUCUGACCAGCCCAGUCUGCAGCUCCCAGUCUGACCAGCCCAGUCUGACCAGCCCAGUCUGCAGCUCCCAGUCUGACCAGCCCAGUCUGACCAGCCCAGUCUGCAGCUCCCAGUUUGACCAGCCCAGUCUGACCAGCCCAGUCUGCAGCUCCCAGUUUGACCAGCCCAGUCUGACCAGCCCAGUCUGCAGCUCCCAGUUUGACCAGCCCAGUCUGACCAGCCCAGUCUGCAGCUCCCAGUCUGCAGCUCCCAGUCUGACCAGCCCAGUCUGCAGACGCCUCUCAGUGAUAUCAUCAGGCCAUAUGCAGCAUCAACAUCAGCAGCAGUAG